CUCGUCUUCAUGUCUGUGCCUCGGUCACAAGACUCGUGAAGAACACUCGCGAGAUCUAGAAAGCCAGUCGAAUUCACUAGAUUCUAGUGGAGGUGCAAAUGAUCCAGACGCAGCCACACACCCUAGGACUACGCUAGUACCAGAUCCAGAUACCACACAGCGACAUCCAGACGCUGUACUAACACUUCAAGAGGAACAAGAUCGAAAUCCACCAGAAGCAGGAGUAGGACCAGAAGACGAUGAACAUCAAGAUGGCAACUCCAACUUUCACGAAAGCCAAAACAGGAACCUCUCCCCAGCAGUGACGCAAUUGCUAGCAGAGCAUGGCAAUUCCAUGCUCGAAUUAGAGAUGGCUGUUUUGCGCGAUUUUCCAACUCAGAGUGGCACUACAGUUUCGGACUUGCGACGUUUGAGACGUGAAGAACAGCAGUUCGUCUUGCUCGGAAAGUAUCGACAUAUACUACAGAAAGAAGAUGGAGAUGGACAAGAAGGAGGAGGUGUACAAGUAGAAGGUGGACUUGAAGUUGUAGAAGACGCUGGUGAUUCCCGCAGAAUGAUCCUCGAGCCCGACGCCUCGUCCUCUACUACUACAGACUCCGCUUCAACAAAAGAAAAAAUUCAAAAAAAGGAAACCUCGCCUUCUGGUUUUGCACAAAAUUACAAUCCUAGUACCUUCUACAUCGGUCCCUCAUAUGCGGAAGAAGUUUUCAAACAUUCAGUCGAGACCUUUCCAGGGCCAUCAGGGUGUGAACCACUUACCUUCGCUUUUCUUAUCAACGAUUACGAACUACAUCCCUUUACCAGAGAUUACAGCUGCGCCGUGGCAGAGAUGCGAGCUUUGGUUGAGACGUGCUUGAGCAUAGCCUACUUUUUCAACGCUGUGGUGGCUCAUGUUAAGGCUGCAUGAAAUCCAUCUUCACAAGCAUCCGGGUCCCGUUUUUCAAGGAAAAAGGGGGCGAAAGAUGCUGCUGAAGAUGCAUUUCUCCUAGCUCUAAUCAUGAAUAUUACUCCUGCGUGGCGAAAGUGAAAGAAGACUACUUGAUGGCGCUCACUCCUGGCGUGGCAGAUCCAGAUGCUGGCGUGGAGAAAAUUAUGUACAGUUAUGUUAAUCAUCAUCCUCACAAUUAUCUUGCGAGGAUCAUUUUUUAAAAUUGGUUUAUUGGAGGAUGUGUGUUCUAUCUUCACUUUAAUCUAUCCCACAACAUUGAUCCGGAUAAGUGGACAGAGGAGGAAAAGCGUCAGAAAUACAAGCAUUGUGGCGCUGACGACAUCGUGCAAAAGUAUUUCCUCGAGGAAGGACGAGAGAAAUUUAAGGUCUCGCAUGAUUUUGAUCCCAUUUCUCCCAUUGUGAAGUGACGGAUCCGCACCCUAACCUCACCUCAUUCCAACUUACUCACCUAGUACUUCAGCCUCCAUUAUUACUAGGGUGAGGACGAUAGUGUUUAUGUUUUCCCCCUAUUUUCACUUAGAGGCGUUCUGCAAGUCUUGAUUGGCUUCUUCCUUUUAGGUGAAGGCUGAGCUCCCGCGACGCUCAAGGCACUAAGUAAAGCAGCCGGUCAGUUUUCGCCUCUAAAAAUCUAAGUUUAUCCCGUGUGUCAAUACAUUAUAAUAUUAUUACUAGAAAGAGAUCUUACCACUUCUCCUUCUCCAUCUAUUCUUUUUGAGGUAGAGGGAGAAGUACGCUCUUCUUGACUUCUCCAUCUAGCUGUAGCAGCAGAUGUAUCAUUCACAACAGUCCUCUACUUUUUCUAAUCCCUUUGGCCUCCCACCUCGCUUUUCGGACCUAGUACGCCAAGUCGACGCGCGCUGUGUCAAGAGGGUGCAUAUUGAUCUGGAUGACGCGGUAGGGAGAUGGACAUCGCAAGUGCCACAAGCGAGAAUCGAACAACUAGGGAUUAGAGAUGCAGUCGACGGCAUGCGUCAAUCUCUCCCUUUACAUCCCACUCACGGCCACAAAAUGUGGAUGAUGAGCUUGAGCUAUGCGUGGAUGGUCUUGAUAGAGCUUUUCCACCUCUCAAGACACGGCGCAUUACACCCAGACUUCGAUUUGCACAAGCAUUUCUCUCUUGUCACCGACUGGGCCGCGACGGAUUUUUACAAGCGAAAAUUUGCGUUGUGCCACUUAGUGCAAAAAGUUGCCAAGGAGAACUGGGAUCAGUUGCUGUCCGCAGAAGAGGAGGCAGAAGUAAAGGAGCCGCUUGUCUACUCGCUCGUGUCUACUAGUACAACCAAAAGCACGGGCAAGAUUCCGAGAAGAAAAACGACAACUAACCGAAGAACUACAAAAAGUACUAGUACUACAAGUAGUAUGAUUCUUGGUGCAACAAGUACGAGCGCAACUACAACAUCAACGCAUCAUCAUGAAGUAGAUAUUAAACUUAAUAUUUUUAACCGUACAACUAAGAGGAGGACUAAGAGCAAGGUUCUCUCGAUCGCUGAAAUUGGUGUUUUUUCUGGUGAAACUACUGAACAUGUGCUCAAAAACUGUCCGUUGCCAGAAGAUUUGAGGCUCCAAGUCCAUCUCAUCGACCCUUGGGAAGAUAAGGAAUUGGAAUUUGCCAGUAUGAGAGCUUUCGUCCAGAACGAAAACGCAGAAUUUUUAGACCGAUUGGAAAAGGAAUUUGGAGACAUUCAUCAAUCUUCUACAACUUCCGAUAAAUCUUCUACAACUGCCGAUAAGCUAGAGCUGUUGCAGAAUAACAGCAAGGCGGAUGAACAUGGUGAAGCUCCUGCUUUUUUCGGAAAUUUACGACUGAAGAUGCCAUGUCAGAUGAGGACGGCAUCUGCUCCUGGUUCCCCUGGAAACGAGUCACCAUCUUCUUUAUCAUGGUGCUCAAGAACGGUUGCAAAAGCGAAGGCCUCACCUUCGAAGAUAUUGGAAGCAUUGUACCAAUUUAUUCAGGAGGAAUUCAAGUCCUCCUCAGCGUCGUCUUUGUCUAGUACAACUACGCGGCUCCUUACUGCGGCACGUGAAAAACAAGCAGGCUUGUCCUUGUACGAAGUGGAGGGGGCAGAGAGGCAGAUUAUCGUUUCACCUCUGACCGCCAGACGGCACACGUACGACAAUGCUGGGGUUUUCGAGUGGAAAGAUGGUGACAGGAAUAUAAGCGCAGACAUGGUUCUGACGGACCUGCUCAGACGCAUGUUGGCUGUUGGAAAUGAGCAGGAUUCGUCUAGAGGAAGUGGAAGUAGCCAGAAUGUUGUGUAUCUUGUCAAACACGAUCAAGAUCAAGAUCUCCAAGGAGAACAGGAAAAGAAGAACAAUCCGGAGGUGGAAGAGCCGAGGACACAAGAUGAUAACCAAAAGAAGGUGGACCGCCAUUAUAUCAUCAAUCCAGCUGAACCUGGUAUCUUCUUUCAUCGGCAAUCGUCAGUAGAGGCGGCUAAAGUCUUCGAACAGCUGGACAUCGUCUUCAUUGACGGAGAUCACACCUAUAAAGGUAUUCAGGCGGAUCUGGAAGCCUAUGCUCCGAAGACGAGGUUCAUUCUUGCAGGUCACGACUUUGCAACCAGUCGCUUUCCUGGAAUACCAGUCGCUUUGAGCCAUUUCAUUCUUCCUUCGUCCGCUAAGACUGAUAGUAGAAGGACUGGUGACGAUAGUAGCCUCCACGAGCGUGCUGGGGGCAAAGAUUUUGAGCAAUUGAUUCGCCUAGAUACAGAUUAUGUCUGGUGGAUUCCGAGAAUCAGAAAUGAGACAAAAAUAUCAACAUCUUCUAUACCCACAUCAGAAGAUGCUCACUAGUACAUAUUGACUCAUCUUGGAAAGAUUGAUGUUUGAU